AUGGCAAGACAAACGAAGAAAUCCAAGCCGGAAGGCGUGCGAUACACUCGAGUUUCUAUCCCUGACAUACCAAAAUGGGAUGCGAAAGCGAAUCGCGAUCUUCCUGACGACCUGUACUACGGCGGUGGGAGUGAAUUUUCUUUCCGUAACCCAGUAUGGAUAAACGACGUAGGGCACGGAGCUUGGGACGACGAAGGACCGGGCCCAGACGAGAAAAAUUUAGCCAGUAGGUGGACUUGCUGGCCUAUGACCCAAUAUCUCCGGCACCGUCGACUGGCUCGUUUAGCAGCUUCGGAGGCAGGAGAGGUGCAAAAGUUCUUGGGAAUGGUCGCGAACCACUCUAUGCACUGUUGGCCGCCAGUGUGGGAAUUAAUGUUUAUAGACUACAAGGGACACUCCAGAAAGUUAGCUCUUCAACUUAUCGGCGUCAAGGAUUCUCCCAAAGGCAUGCCUUUUCCAAGAAUGGAUAAAGGGUUUCUCGAUCUUGGCCCAGAUUUAGCUCUCGACGGGUGUGAGCUGGUCAUUCUUACGCAGGAAAUGAGGGAUACAUUCAGCCAGGUACUGGAGCAAAGGCGUAUUCGAGUGAAACAAUGGUUUCCCAAUAACAAAAGGGAACUGACUGGCGGCAAGGGCCUCAAAGCUAUACUGAAAACGGACAUUGAGAAGACGCGCCUUCCCCAGGCGAAGCACGUCUACUCACGUAUGCUCUACGCUAAACGGGGUCUCCGUGAAAAAGUCGUAGCUGAAGCGGCAAGAACUGGAGAGCCUCCCAAUAGUAUCGCCGUUAUCUCUCGGAUGACUAAUGCAGAGUGGAAGAAGGAGACACCGGAGGUCAGGGCUGAGGUCAUGAGCAUACAGUCAGAGCAGAAGAAGCAGGUUGUGGCAGUGAAAGCUCAUCGCUACGACGACAUUGCUUUUGCUACUCAGCAGAAAAAACAACUGUUUGAGGCCGUAACGGGUUGGGGAUUCGUCGUUGUUGGUGCUGGAAUUGACUCCGGUAGUGAAAAUCUGAGAAGCUGCAGCUGGGAGUAUGGGACGGGUCUUGCAUCUGGUAAAGAGUUCUUUGACAGUUUCGACAGAGACGCAGCUGCAGGCCUGCGGCCCUCUGCUCGCUCAUAUGCGAAAUACGGAACAUACGUCCAACAGAAGCCUCAGGAACCCGUGGCAUCGUCAUCAUCUAUGGAUGUUGAUCUUGUAGCACAUGAUGUUCCAAAAGUGGCACCAGGCAAUAACAAUUCAAAUUUGCCUCCUGUGAACAAUCUCCUGCCUGACGAGUCCCUUCCUGGUGAGCCCCCUCAGGAAACAUCAUCUUUGGAUACCGUGGAUGAGCCCUUGCCCGACGAGCCCCUUCCUAAUGAGCCUCCUCAGGGAACGUCAUCUGCAGAUGAGCCCCUUCCCCUUCUCUCAUCAAAUCGAACCCCAGACUUGCCUGUUCCAUCAGGUUCUGAGAUGGACGUAGACUCGCUCCUUGCCGCUUGGAAUAGCGGCCAAUUAUCUAUGCCUAACGCGAAUUCCAUGUACUGUCAAUCCUCUCAAAACAAUUCGGUAUCCCAAAACAAUGCCCUGUUCUUUCAAUCCCCUCAAGGAAGCCCGGUAUAUGACGAUUAUGCCCUUCUUCAGCUUCUACAUGAUAACUCGUUCCCCGUUACUAAUGAGUUUCAACCUAAUAUACCGGCACCGUCGAGUAGCAAUAACGUCUGGUCGGAUUCCUUCUGGAACAGUUAUGGCCAUAUUUCACCUGGCCCUUCCUUGCUCAAUCCCACAUACUCGAGCUACAAUUCAUCCCAAACCGAAUCUAGCACGUCUUCCAUGGCAUUUACUUCGUCAUUAUCUCCCUCCUUCGUUGCGCCACCCUCCUUUCCCUCCACCGAAUCUAGUAUGUCUUCUAUGGCGUUUACUUCGUCAUCCUCCGUUGCACCAUCCUCCUUUCCCUCCACCAUCAUGCCAUCCGAGGAUGUGGAAAUGUCAGAGGUUGAGACGAUAUCGGACCUUGCAACGAAAAACAAACAACAAGAGCCUGUCCAAUCCAAUCGAGCGUCGGCUGAAGUCCAUCCUCGCACCCUUUCGAACAGAUCAGCUGAACAGGUAUUGGCACCUGUGAUCCCCCAGCAGGCCCGAAACCGUAAACCACCUGGCCCUAGAGAAGUGAAAACUCUCAUUGGCAGCGAACAGAGCACCCCUGUUUGGCAACUUCAAAGCCUUGCUUCAAUGCAGGAUCCCACAUUCAGCGACAAUUGGGCGAAGUUGCUGGACAAGUGGGAUGCCUUGGAGACCAUCCUGAGUAAAGAGAAGUCCUCAGGAAAAUUACAGGCGCCUAAAAAAAGGCCAAGUGUUUUGGCUGUAUGGUUGGAUGGCAUUCACUCGUUUAGCGAUCUUCUCUCUAUUAACGAUAUCGAUCAAUUUGGUGAUGCUAUGGUAAUGUGGUGGAAUUCAAUUCAACCAAACUGGAGGCAGAGUGCAGAGGGGCUGCCGCUACGCAAGUACGAUGAUUCAUUUAUGUGUCUGCGCAAAGGAGGCCAGAAUGGGAUUGUCACGGUGAUAUUUGGUCUUUUCUGGUGGAGAAAGAAUCUGGAUGAUCCAUCGCAAUGGUCUGCCUUGAUAACAGACAUCAGUGAUAUGUUUGACGCUCUCCUCAAUGCUACCGGACCUGAAAAGCGUCGUAUUCGAUAA